AUGGAGAAUCAUGCACUUCUAGUUUAUGAGGGUGAGAAUGUUGUUGAGAACAACAGUGGUGAGAACGGCAACAAUGUUGCACAUUCCCACUUCAAGUGGUGGCAGCAAAAGAUGUUGUUCUAUCUGGCUACUCUCGGCUUGGCAAGGUUCUUGACCGAGAAAGCGCCUGAGUUGAAACAAGAUGAUCCACAAUCUGUGAUGGCGGUUGGGUUUUGGAAGGAUUCGGACUUCCUUUGCCGCAACUACAUUCUGAACGGGUUGUGUGAUGCACUUUACGAUGUAUAUCGUAAAAUUGGCACAGCGAGAACACUGUGGGAAGCCUUGGAUCAUAAGUACAAAAGCGAGGAUGCCGGCGCAAAGAAAUUUGUUGUUGGCCGAUUCCUCGACUUUAAAAUGGUUGAUUCCAAGACCGUGCUAAGUCAGGUUGAAGAUUUACAAUUAAUCUUUGAUGAAAUCCGUGACGAGGGCAUGCAAAUUAGUGAGUCCUUUCUAGUGGCAUCGAAGAUCUACUUGCUGCCUCCAGGGUGGAAGGACUUCAAAAACUACCUUAAGCACAAGCGAAAGGAAAUGAACCUGGAGGACCUGAUCCAGCGACUCAGAAUUGAGGAGGGGAACAGGAAAACUGACGGGAAGGGUCCUGCCUUUGGUGGCGCUAAGGCCAACGUGGUGGAGCACGGUCAACACUCCAAGAAGGCUAAGAAGGACAAGUCGAAGCUAGGUCCAAAAGGUGGCAUUACCAAGGGUAAGUUCCAUGGUAAGUGCUACAAUUAUGGCAAGACUGGCCACAAGUCGGCUGAAUGCAAGGCUCCAAGGAAGAAGAAACAAGAGUUUUGA